CAAUGCCCUCCUUUCUUUUCUCCUCCUUCCCCUUCUUCUCCUCUUCUCCAUUUUUCUCUCCUCCUCCUCUCUUCGUCCACUCUUUGGACGGGGAGCGGGCCUCAACCCACAAACACAUUCAUUCCCCAUUGCCUCCAUCAAUAUUAACAUUGUGGCAUUGACAUUACUAUUUUCCUCACCAUGUCUCUUCUCCAGACGCCCUUCCAACUCCUGGAAGUUAAUAUCAUCUCCGCACAGGACCUGGAACCCGUCUGUAGAAAAAUGCGGACCUAUGCCGUUGCAUGGGUCCACCCGGAGCGGAAGCUCACCAGCCGGGUGGACACCAUGGGCCACACCAACCCCACCUGGAACGACAAAUUCGUCUUCCGUGUCAACGACUCGUUUCUUUACGGUGACACGUCAGCCGUCAUGAUUGAGAUAUACGCGCUGCAUUGGUUCCGUGACAUACACGUGGGUACGGUGCGCGUGAUUGUCGGAAAUCUCAUUCCCCCUUCGGAACGGCCGAGCAAUAAUCAUUACGUACAGGUGGGGAUGCGGUUCGUCGCGCUUCAAGUUCGUCGGCAGUCAGGGCGACCGCAGGGGAUUUUGAAUAUUGGGGUGGCGGUUCUUGAUAGCUCCAAACGGAGUAUGCCUCUGUAUAUGCAUAUGGGUUCCUCCGCCGUGGGGUAUAAACAUCUUAUGGGCGAGGAGGACAUCACGACGACUAAUGGCAGCGCUGCUAAUCAUCAACAGAGGAUUGUUAAGCCGGAGCUCCGACGUACGAAGAGCGAUUCGAGUUCAAUCAUCGGGGUGGAGGCAAUAGUUAGGAAGAAAAGGGCCUCCGUUGUGAAUGGGUCCAAUCUCGAUGGUUCCAUGAUCAACGGUGGCUCAAUGGUCCACGGUGUCGAACCAAAGCGGAAAGGCGGGUCAAUGGUCAACGGCUUUGACCCGAGGCCAAAAGGAGGUUCUAUGGUUAAUGGCUUCGAACCGAGGCCGAAAGGAGGUUCUAUGGUCAAUGGCGGAUGCAUUACAACCGGGAAAGAAUCGGAAAAGAAGAAGGUGAAUCCCAGAGGGAGUUCCAUGGUAAACGAGUCGGAAAUGGCUAAACUGAAAGGUAAAAAGGGGAAGUCGGGUUCGAUUGUCAAUGGGUUGGAAGCCAGGGAUUCGGGAAAAAAGCAGGGAUCGUGGGUGACCCAGUCAGAAGUUGUGGAUCCGCCGAAGAAGAAUGGGUCGUUAGUUAAUGGCGUGCAAGAUUCCGAUUAUAAAAAGGCCGGAAAAACUGCGUCCAAGUCACCGCCGACAAAGUCACCGGUCAAGUCAUUUGGGUUGGAUCACGGGUCUCAAGAUAAAUUUCCCAAAUACAACGGGUACGAAUUCGGAGUUACCAAGAGGCCGGGAGCAUUUUGGACAGACUCCGAACUGGGUCCGUCGCCUUCGGAGGUGGCAGCGAAUGUAGCGAAGAAUAUGUACCAACGGAUGGACGAUGCAGAGAGCUCUAUACUAGGGUGGAGCCUAGAUGGAAGCGUAGAAGGUCUGGAAUCCAAGCUGGAUCGGUGGCGGUCGGAGAUGCCGACGCUAUAUGACUACGGCGAGUACUCGAGCUUGGAGUCUAGUGUCCUUCCCGCCCCCAAGAAAAAAACACACAACCGGAGGCACACCGACAGUGGUGGCCUGUUUUCGUGUUUUAGUAACAUCUGUGGAUGUCAGUGCUCGAUCGUAAUAGGCGGCAGUCCCCCAGCCCAAGCCGGACAGAAAAAGAGCAAUAAGUUUCGCCGGACACCCUCAUCAUUUGACAGCAUGAGUUUUCGCUGAAUUGAAUUUGGUUCCGGGUUAAAAAACCGGUCAAACCCGGACUAUUUGAGGGUUUAAACUUUUGGACAUUGUGGAGAAGAGCUUUUUGAGAAAAAAAAAAAGAAGAAGAAAAGUGGGAAUUUGUGGGUUCGGAUUCGGGUUAAGCCGUUCUUCCCUCUUUAUUUUCUUCAAUUUUUGUAUUUUUUUUAUGUAAUUAAUGAAGAACAAUUUGGGAA